AUGUCUCUGAUGCAUCCUUCAUCAACCAGCCCUGCCAAUAGACACUUUACGAGCAAGCCAGAUCCCGAAAACCAGGCCCGGGCCGUUUCGUAUUGUUCAUCUCGUGUUUGGAACAUCCUGACUCGUAACCAACUUUACUUGGACCACAUCCUCGCCUCAACCUCUAGACCUCAAAUCAUACUUCAGGGAUCCGGCAGGGUCCAGACCGGUGGUAUGGCCGGACUGGCUGUUGAUGCGGCUGCGGGCUUGGUCUACAUUGUUGAUGAUGACUUAGCUGUCGAAACGAAUGUAUACACCGGUAUAGACUGA